AUGAGGCGCGGAGCUGCGGUCGUGGACCGACGCGCGCCCUAUCAAUGGACGCUAGGUACCCGGUCGAGGUCGGCAUUCAUUCACGACGGCCGCGUUAAUGGCGCUCGAGCCGGGCGCCUUCGUUCAGCCGUCGUCGCCCACGUGCGCGAGAAAAUGGCGCGGCGUCGCGACGGCAAAGGGAGGCGCGCGAAAACUGGCGUGCAAGUG